AUGGAUGGGGCAGAGCAGAGGAGAAUCCAGUCUCAGAGGGGUGUGAGGGGAUAUGGAGCUCUCUCUUUCUCUCUCUGGCGUAAUCAAAUCAAUGAAAGUUUAAUAGACUUUCAGUGAAUUCCAUUAUGGCAACACAGACGCCACGGACCCAUUCAUUAUGAUGAUGUUCUGAAGUGAGAUAUUUCAUUGUGGACCCACACCACUAGUGAGAUGGGGACACUGAGGGAUGGCUGGAGGACCGGGGUCUACCAUCUGCUUCUUUACUGCUGCUCUCUCCCUGUUUCUAUGGAGAUUUGAGGCCUUUCAGCAAAUCAAUCAAUGGAAGCGUGCUUUUCAUUAGUUGGCCUUGAGGUUCUGUAUGAGUCUGCUGACAGGCAUGGCUCAUUGAAGCCGUUUGUUCGAGAAUGUGGGUGACUUUUAGAAGGAGAUGUCGAAAUUACCUGUUUCGAAAUGAAGGAAUGUUCAGCUGGAUAUGUUCAAUCGAUUUCUGUUGGCAAUAUCUUUGUUAGACUGACAGUGAAUACUUCACAUAGCCACCCAUGUUAUAUGGUUUUAUAGAUUUUUCUAGUAAUUGAAUUCUUCAUUUGUCUGAGUCAAUCUCUCUAACUCGCUCCAUCUCUGCUGUCCAUAGGUGGUAAGGGGGGUAAGAAGAAGAAGGUCAAGGCUGGCGCCAAACCCACCAAGGUUAACGGCUCCAACUGGGCCAACGUGCCCCUACCUCCUCCCCCUGUACACCCUCUUCCUGGCACCGAGAGGGACCACUACCCCAACGAGCACUAUGAAGGAGGAGGGUAUGUGCCACACCCACCAUAGCAUACACGCUAUACAUCCACGUAGAUGCAAAACAGUGCACACUCUGCCCAUACAGUCCAACUAGAUUAUUCCACACUGAUUAGAACAAUUGUAUUUAUCUAUCAUUGUCUGACCCUCCAUACAGGCUUUGCCGAAAGUGAGACAGUUACUCCUAAUAGGGGAUUAGGGGACAACAUUAGCCUAUACAAGUAUAUACAGGACACUGUUGAGUUCAAGUAGAACCCAACCAACUGCUGUGUGUUAUUAUAGGACAUUGUCGUGCUCCUGGCUAGCUGUUCUUCUCUGUGGCUAAUAACACUAGUACAUCUGGAGAGAAGUAGAGGGAUCAGUAUGUUACUGUCUCCCCAGGCAGGCAGGAUGGACACACAGAUGGUUUCACAUCAAUCUAUCUGCUCCUCCCAUUUUUCUAGCUGAGGGAGAAACUUCAUGAGUGCAGAAAACAUUGUUUGAGCACUGCAGUCUCCUGCGGCAAGCAGGAUGGACACACAGGUGGUUUCAGAUCAAUCUAUUCUGCUGAUUCUCUUUCUGAGGGAAAUAAUUCAGGACUGCAUUGUUUCAAGCUGUGAGAGAGGGAAGGACAGAAAAAGAGAGAAAAAGAGAGCGAUUCCACAGUGAGCUCUCUCCACUGACUGAGUCUGAGGGAAAUGUUUUACUCACUAAAUUACCCUCACGCUACUGUUAUUGUUAGUAGACAGCCAGGCAGUCAGUGCCUUCAUGUAAAGUCUGCCUUUAGUCAGGGGAGGUGUUAGCUAAAAAUGUUAAUUGUAUCCCAAAAUAGAUACACUCACACAUAGUAUCUCCUUUAACUGCGUGUCUCCCUAGUUGAGGUGUGCUGUCCGCUAACCCUCAUCUCCAGUCUAGGAGACUCAUCUGGUUUAAUAGGCUAUCUGGCAAAUGAGGAGUCCUCUGCACUGUAAAUCUGAGCCUCUUAAUGGCCACAGAUUUAAACAGUUAUGUCCUAUGGAGUGUGCACUGACAAAUUCCUUUAAUUAACAUUUUCUUUACGACUAGUGUUAUUUUAGCAUGUAUAAGCGGCGUUAUGGGAAAUGAAAGCCUCACUCCCUCCACUGCUCCUCUGCUCGGAUGUACAAAGUCCUUUAGAAAGUUUGCCAAGGUCACACUAGUCUGGCACGUGACCAGAAGAAAAAAAGUUGAGUUACUUAGAGCACCUCUCUUACUCCUCCUCCCUCUAUCUCUCUGUGUGGCCACCCCAGGUAUGAGAGUGAUGGCUGGGGUCCUCCCAUGCCCAUGCAGACCUACCUCCACCAGGGAAUGGAGGAUGAGCUAGAAGAGGAGGAAGAGAGGGUCCCCACCCCACCCAUGCGUGGUGUGGCCUCGUCCCCAGCAGCGGUGUCCUUCGGCCAGCAGUCCACGGCCACCCUCACCCCCUCUCCCCGGGAGGAGCUGCAGCCCAUGAUCCAGGCCCACCUGGACGAGAUCACCCGUGCCUACCAACUGGACAUGGCCAAACAGACAUGGUACGUACGCCCACUGGAGGGGAAUACUACAGAAAACAGUAAAAGGUUCAAAUGGGGUGACAUGAGAAUGCCUACUAUGGAUAUUAUGCUGGAUGUGUUUUUCUUUCAGUAUCUGUUUAUUCCUCCUUUCCAUGUUUUAUUUAGGUGUUAUGUUAGCUGUACAGUCACGGGCAUUGCGCAAAACAGAAACACUCAUUAAUCAUGUUAUUUUAAUGGUCCAGUGUUACCACUUACACGACUACCCCUUCUGCUCACUGUAAGAAGCACAAUGUGGAAAUCACUUGUUUAGGCCCCAUCCCACACCCAUGCUGCUACACAUUCCGUUGUUGUGGUGCUCAUGCACGGCAGAUGAAGCCCAUGUUUCAUCCUGUCGGAAGAGAGGGAGAGAACGAAGGAGGAAGGGAAGGAAAGAUGGAGAGAAUGAAGGAUGAAGAGGGAAAGAGGGAGAGAAUGAAGGAGGAAGGUAGGGAAAGAUAGAGAGAACAAAGGAGGAAGGUAGGGAAAGAGGAAAAGAACGAAGGAGGAAGGAGGAAAAGAGGGAGAGAACGAAGGAGGAAGGGAGGGAAAGAGGGAGAGAACGAAGGAGGAAAGGAGGGAAAGAGGGAGAGAACGAAGGAGGAAGGGAGGGAAAGAGGGAGAGGACGAAGGAGGAAGGGAGGGAAAGAGGGAAUGAGGGAGAGAACGAAGGAGGAAGGGAGGGAAAGAGGGAGAGAACAAAGGAGGAAGGGAGGGAAAGAUGGAGAGAAUGAAGGAGGAAGGAAGGGAAAGAUGGAUAGAAUGAAGGAGGAAGAGAGGGAAAGAGGGAGAGAAUGAAGGAGGAAGAGAGGGAAAGACGGAGAGAAUGAAGGAGGAAGAGAGGGACAAAGGGAGAGAACGAAGGAGGAAGGGAGGGAAAGAGGGAGAGAGCGAAGGAGGAAGGGAGGGAAAGAGGGAGAGAACGAAGGAGGAAGAGAGGGAAAGAGGGAAAGAGUGAGAGAAUGAAGAAGGAAGGGAGAGAAUGAAAGAGGAAGGGAGGGAAAGAUGGAUGAAGAAAAAUGAAGGGGAAGAGAGGGAAGGGAGGCAGCGGAGGAAGGAGGGAAGAGGGAGAGAAUGAAGGAGGAAGGGAGGGAAAGAGGGAGAGAAUGAAGGAGGAAGGGAGGGAAAGAGGGAGAGAAUGAAGGAGGAAGAGAGGGAAAGAGGGGAAAGGGGAAGGAGGAGGAGAAGGAAAAAGGGAGGGAAGGGGGAAAAGAAGAAGGGAAGGAGGAAAGAGGGAAGAGAGAACGAAAAAGGGAGGAGAAGGAGGAAGGAGGAAGAGGGAAAGAGGAGAGAAGAAAGGAAAGGGAAAGGGGGGAAAGAGGGGGGGAGAAUGAAGGAGGAAGGAGGAAGAGGAAAGAGGGAAGGAGGAAGGAGGAAAGAGGGAAAGAGGGAAAAAGGGGAGAAAAAGGGGAAGGGAGGGAAAGAGGGAGAAAGGGGGGAAGAAGGAGGAAAGGGGGGAAAGAUGAGAAAGAGGGAAAGGAGAGGGAAAGGGGGAAGGCGAGGGGAAAGAGGGAGGAGGAAGAGGGAAAGAGGGAAAAAAGGGAGGAGGAAAGAAGGGAAGAAGAAGGGGGGAAAGAGGGAAAAAGGGAGGAAGGAGGAAGGGGGGGAGAAGAAAGAGGAAGGGAAGGGAGGGGAAGAGGAAGAAGGGAAGGAGGAAAGAGGGAGGAAGAGGGAAAGAGGAGAAAGAAGGGGGGGAAGGGAGGGAAAGAGGGAAAGGGAAGAAGGAGGAAGAGGGGAGGAGAGAAAAAGGAGAAAAAAGAGGAGGGAGGGGAAGAGGGAGAGAAUGAAGGGAAGGGAAGAGAGGGAAAAAGAGGGGGGAAAAAGGGGGAAAGAAGGGGGAGAAGAAGAGGAAGGGAGGGAAAGAGGGAGGAGACGAAGGAGGGAGAAGGGAAAAGGGAGAAGGAAAAGAGGAAGAAGAGGAGGGAAAGAGGAAGGGAACGAAGGAGGAAAAGAGGGAAAGGGGAAAAGAAGGAGGGAAAGGGGGAAAAGGGAGAGAAUGAAGGGGAAGGGAGGGAAAGAGGGAAGAGAAGAAGGAGGAAGGAGGGAAAGGGGGGAAAAAGGGGGGAAGAAGAGAGGAAGGGAGGGAAAGAGGAGGAAAGAAAGAGGAGGAGGGAAGAAGGAAGAAGGAAGGAAGGAAGGGGGGGAAAGAGGGAGGGAAGAAAGGAAGGAAGGGAGGGAAAGAGGGAGAGAGAAGAGGAGGAAAAAAAAAAAAAAAAAAAAAAAAAAAAAAAAAAAAAAAAAAAAAAAUUUUUAAAAAAAUAAAAAGGGGGAAGGGAAAAGGGGAAAAAAAAGGGGAAGGAAAGGGGGGAGGGAAAAUAGGGGAAAAAAAAAAAGGGGGGGGUUUUUUUGGGUUUGGGGAAAAAUUUGGGGGGUUUUUUUUUUUUUGGGGGGGGGGGGGGGGGGGGGGGUUUUUUUUUGGGGGGGGGGGGAAAAAAAAGGGAAGAAGGAAAGAGGAGAGAUGAAAAAAAGGAGGAAGAGGAGAGAACGAGGGGGGAGAAGAGGAAAGGAGAGUUUAAGGAAAAAUUUAGGGAAAAGGGAAAAGAGGACGAAAGAGAAAGAGAAUGCAAGGAGGGAUAGGGGAAGUGAGGGAAAGAGGGAAAAAUGGAGAGAACGAAGGAGGAAGGGAGGGAAAGAUGGAGUGAACGAAGGAGGAAGAGAGGGAAAUGAUGGAAAGAUGGAGAGAACGAAGGAGAAAGAUAGGGAAAGAGGGAGAGAACAAAGGAGGAAGGGAGGGAAAGAGGGAGACAAUGAAGGACGAAGGGAGGGAAAUAUGGAGAGAAUGAAGGAGGAAGGGAGGGAAAGAGGGAGAGAAUGAAGGAGGAAGGGAGGGAAAGAGGGAGAGAACGAAGGAGGAAGGUAGGGAAAGAUGGAGAGAACGAAGGAGGAAGGUAGGGAAAGAGGGAGAGACUGGCAUCUAUUCAUUACAGUAGAGGGAAUAGGGAAGACUUGUCAGGAAAGAGCCUUCGUGUUAGCCGGUAAUGACUAUGUUGGGUUUGAGAGCAUCUUUGACUACAGGAAAGAGCCAGUAAUCAGAAUCAGAAUCCCUCCCGCCGCAGACCAUCUCAAAGACACUAUGUCGCUCCUUAAACAAACAGGUCUGUCAGCGACAUGAGGCUUGGCGUAGAGCGGAGUGGAGUGGGCUGCGUGAGGGGUGACAGCCUCGUGUCGACAGGCCUAGAGUGCGUGCCCAUUGUACCCUUUUCAACUGCAAUUACAGGGUCUUUGUGUUGGCACGCAAGGAGGAGAGACAUAGAAUUAGUGGAAUUGUUCCAAUUUAUUCAAAGCGGCAGAAUCUGAAAGAAUGUCUAAAUGUAGUUUGACAGUUCCUUUCGUCUACCUCGGAUUCCUUCUUUAUGUCAUCCUGUCUUUCAUUCACCAGCUUUGUCUUUCGUGAUGUCUUUUGACAUUCGUUCUCUUCUCUGCUCUUGCUGUCCCCCCAGCACCACCCCACCCUCUCCUGUCUCUGUGCUUUGGUGCGUACCUGUAGCAUGAUGAUAACCCAUAUUACUCUGACUCUCUGACAGGCACAUGCAGGGUGCCUCCCUCCCCCCCCUCCCUCCCCAGGCCCCCGCCCCUCCAGUGGGGUACGUGUCCAGCACCCUGGUGUCUGACCUGGAGACUGACAUCCCUGACGAGGAUGAGGAGGAGGAGGAGGAGGAAGAGGAGGAGGAUGACGGCUAUGAGAUGUCCAGGCCUCUCUAUGGUAUUGAGCACACGCCAGGGUCGAGCAUGGACAACCUAGACAGCUCUGUAACAGGUGAGAUACUGCACUGA